GCCGUACUUUUUCGAACAAUUUGGUACGGCUAGGUGAACUAGCUGCUCAUCUUCCUGUCAUAUGGUAUGAGCCUGCCACACCUCUUAAAUAAUAAUCGUACCAUGAAUAUGUUGCCUUGAAUGCUCAUCUUCCACAUUUCAUCAAAACCUAACACCAACCUUGUAUCGCAACUCGCAUCUGCGUCAACAUCAAUAUCAGCAUUAAACUCAACAUCAUCAAUAUACUAGAUCCGAACAUCCCCGCAUCAAGAUCAACAUCUCUAUAUCACGUAUUUCGACACAACUCAACACCGUUGGUUCGCUUCAUCACGAAUCAUAAUACCGUAGGAACAUCUAAACUCUUAGCUUUUUGUACUCCCUGAAUACUGAUAAACUAACCCUUUAAACCACCUACACAAAAUGACAGCCACCUAUAAAUUACAAUCUCAUGAAUGGUGGAGAAAAGAAGAACUCACUCAAGCCCGCGAACGAGAAUGGUACCACAACAGUAUCCGUAAACACCAAAACUGGAACGACAUACGAUUUCAACUAUCACCUCAAUACAGGAAAUUUAUGCACUACAAAAACUCUCAGAUUCAACGACAGGUAGAAAUCGAUUAUCUAGCUGAGCAAGCGAAGGAGCUUUAUCUCAAACAACAGGAUCCAGAAUGGCAAGCUGAGCAGAUGGAAUUAAGGCGAUGGGAAGAGUUCAGAAAAUACGUGGUGCAAAACGAUUUGGUACAAUGCAUGACUUGGGAGGAAAAGUAUGAAAGAAAGAGAAGAAGAGCGAGAGAAAGAAAAGCUGCCAAGUGUCAGGCGAGUCUGCGGCGAUAUCUGGCUAAAUGUGAUCUUCAAGAUCGUCAAGAUCGAGAAGAUAAGUUGACCUACCAAGCUAUCGGGGGCUUCGCCAUUUUGUCAGUUGGUGUUGUUUUGUUUUUAUUAUUUUGUUAGAUGUUUUCAAGAUCAGGAUGAUGGGUAUGAGAAAAUUUUUAUGUCCGGUCUACUAGUGAGUGAUAGAAAGGGCCAUAUUUUGGAGGGAAAGUGUAGACAUUUGAAUUUUCAGUUUGAUAUUGCAGGAAAGGAUGGAAGUCAGAAAUGAUGUCAGCAAUAACUAAAGAUGUAAAUUUGAACUAUAAAUCUGAGUUUUGAUUGAAUAUAGCAUGUCUUUUGAGUCCA